GGAUUUGAAAUGGAAAAGGUCCAUUCACUCGACCACUUUGUGCGUCUGCAGCUUUGUCUUCUUCCAUUGCUCUGCAACCGACAGAGUAAUAGGAGGAGGAGGAGGAGAAGAGAGAGAAUCCUCCUGCAGAUCGGCCGCCGGUGAAAUCCUCUAUCGGAGUUUCUUUUGAGGUCCGAUUUUUGUUCAUUGCUAUCCGCUACAGCGUUGCCAUCAUCAUCUUCUUUUUCUUCUUUUGCCUUUUUCUCCUCUCUGCUUGCUUUGUUCCCACGGCAUACGUUUUCGCUUUUACGUACUUGCGGGGAGGAAAAAAUUGAUUAGAUCUCGUUUAGGGCUUAUAUUUGUUGUUGUUUUCUUUGAUGUAUUGAUUUCUUGAGAGCUCUGGAGGACGUUAAAGGAACCCUAGCGUUCCUUGGAACGUGUUCUUUUUUGUCGAUUUUGGUAGAUCGAUUUGGUUUGUAGUGGAAGAAGAAAAAGAAGAACGAGGUUUACGGGGUGAAUAUGCUUUGGCUGAUGACAGUUUCGGGGGUUUUCUCCGCAGCAAUGGUGAUGAUUGUGCUUGCUCCGGCUUUGCAAUCGUUUCCUCCGGCUGAAGCCAUUCGAUCCUCUCAUCUUGAUUUUUACCUUCGUUUGCCUCUUGAUACUGCCUCUUCCAGAUCGUUGAACAGAUUCUCCUUCCGAAAGGCAUCUACAUUUCGCAAUGCCGGUCAAUGCGGUGGCGGUGACUCGAAAUAUUCUGGGAAGUUUGGUGUGUGCGAUCCGAAUUUGGUUCAUGUUGCGAUAACGCUUGAUGUUGAGUACCUUCGUGGCUCAGUUGCGGCCGUCAAUUCGAUUCUUCGAAACUCGCAAUGUCCAGACAGUGUUUUCUUUCAUUUCCUCGUUUCGGAUACAAAUCUCGAGGACUUCAUUCGAUCCACCUUCCCUCAGUUGAAAUUUAAAGUGUACUAUUUCGAUCCGGAGAUUGUCCGCGAUCUUAUCUCCACUUCGGUCAGGCAAGCGCUGGAGCAGCCACUUAAUUAUGCUAGAAAUUACUUGGCUGGGUUGCUCGAGUCCUGUGUGAAGAAGGUAAUUUACCUGGAUUCUGAUCUUAUUGUGGUGGAUGAUAUCCGAAAGCUAUGGACGACGAGUUUGGGUGAGUGGACAAUCGGAGCUCCUGAGUACUGCCAUGCCAAUUUUAGCAAGUAUUUCACAGCGCGUUUCUGGUCUGAUGAGAGACUUUUCGGCACAUUUGCUGGAAGAAAACCAUGUUACUUCAACACCGGCGUUAUGGUCAUAGAUUUGGUUAAGUGGAGGGCUAGUGGGUACACGGAGAAGAUUGAAUCGUGGAUGAAGCUUCAGAAGAGUAAUCGCAUCUAUGAACUUGGGUCACUGCCGCCGUUCCUGUUGGUUUUCGCGGGCAACGUGGCGACCAUCGAACACCGAUGGAACCAGCAUGGUUUAGGAGGUGAUAGCGUCAGAGGCAGCUGUCGUGACCUCCACCCGGGUCCGACGAGCCUCUUGCAUUGGUCCGGCAGUGGGAAGCCAUGGCUUAGGUUGGACUCUAAACAACCAUGUCCACUGGACUCCCUAUGGUCACCAUACGAUUUGUACGGAUACUCCUUGUGAAAUCUCAGAGGAUAUAUGAGGUCGCCGGUAAAUUUCCCUACAGGACUUUUUUUGACUUUUUUGAUAAAUUUUCCAAUUUUAGUCCUAUUUUUCGUUGUUUUUCCGUCUCUCUCCAGUUACUUUGUGCUUCUUCUUCUAACUCCAUCUUCCAGGCGAUGUGUAUCCUAUUUUACGAUUUUUCCUGGGUCUGAAAAUAAAAAGGGAAAAAAGGGGCCAUUCGAUUUGUUUGUACAGACUUUGCGUUCUUUUAUGAAUGGAUACUUGAUGAUGGUGUUCCGUGUAUUGAAAUUGUCGAUAAAGCAAUUCUAUUUCCUGCUCCUUUAAGCUUUUGCCAGUUUGGAAUGAUUAUAUAUCAAGUGUAGCCAUCCAAUCCUUCACACGGUGGUCUUGCCUGAAGUAAACAAGUGGUUUGUAGAUAUGGAAUUUCCUUGCAGGUCCAACACAUUAUUUUCUGCAGCGUUCUGGCUCCAUUUAAACAACAUAUUUCGCCCUGGGGAACUCUUCUUAUUAAAAGAUAUGCUUUCGGAGAAAAACAAAAGAUAAUCACAAUCACAGCCGUCCCGUAAUGGACGGCUAGUAGUGGGGGAAAAAGAAGAAAAUGGAUGGUGUUGUGAAGAGUAGACUUCGGAUCCCUUUACAGCUAGUAAUAGCCAUGGAGUUGAUCUUGAAAUGGGGGGACCAAAAAUUCUAAUAUUCUCUGGCUUUUUAAUUAGUUCUUUUUUUUUUUUUUUUUUUUUUUUUUUUUUUUUNUUUUUUUUUUUUUUUUUUUUUUUUUUUUUUUUUUUUUUUUUUUUUUUUUUUUUUUUUUUUUUUUUUUGAGCUUUAGAUUUCUCACUGAAUAUUCGUUGUAUCUCUCUCUUCCCUCACUUUCAGGCGUGGUCUAAGUGAAGCAUGCCCAUUUGAUUAGAACCUAUUUAUCGCCCAUAAAUGUGAUGGAAUGGAAGCAUCUUUGCAUCUACAAUUUAAAGGAAUCUUCGAACUUGUGGAGGAUAUGGAGAUUGCAGAAGAGUGAGAGUGGGACUGAUAUGAUGAAAGCUAAAACGAGAGAAGAGGUUAAAGGAUAGA